AUGGAUUCUGGUGAACGUAGUGUGUUUGUUUUCUCCUCCAGUGCAAAGUGUGUUUCUGAGAAUGAAGAAGAACCUGGAAUGCAACUUGUUUUGGAAAAGGUGAUUCUGUCCAGCCCGAGCAGGAACGAACAGCUGGGAGGAGGCGGCCGUCUCGGGCAGCUUCGUCGUCCUCCCCGUCGCCGCCCCCGUCAGUGCCGGGGAUUUAACCCUAACCCUCCCUGGGUGCUGCCGCUCGGGGAGACAAGCGCCGAUCGGAGCGGUGCGAUGCGGCCGCGGGGAGGGUUCGGUCCGGGCCCGGUGUGGGCACAGCGUGUCCGGCAGCUGGAGCACAGAGCGAGAACCCAAGAAGAAAGAAUAAUUGUCCUGGAAACUGAAAAUGCUGCCCUUCAUCUAAAGCUUGCAGCGUAUCAAGGCUGGGCUGGAAGAGGCGUUAAUGAGAUAUUACAGCUCUACUCCUCUCAUGGCCAGCAGCAGAAAUUCCAGAGGAGUUCUGUUGUAAUUUACCUACAUGAAGCAAUGAAGAGUCUUAAGCAAGACGUGAAGAGCCUCCGUUCAUUUGCUCUUGAGCUUUCAAAAGACUUUCAGCGUCAAUACAAGGCUUGUCUUUACCAAGUUUUGACAGCAGUCCAAGGGAUACAGCUGCAAAAUGAAGCAAUGCAAAUGUUUCAGAUGAAGGCUUUUGAUCUUGAGCAGUCCCUGCAAGAGGUGACAGAGAGAUACGAGAGAGAAAAGCAGAAGAGGAGAGCUCUACAUAACAGCUUAGUUGAGCUGAGAGGGAAUAUCAGAGUUCAUUGCAGGAUCCGACCAUCGCUGCCUUUUGAUCAUGCUGCUGGACAUACAAUAUCACAAGAUAGGCACAGAAACUCUCUAGAAAAUGUGGCGUACGCCAUUGAUGAUGAAACUGUCCUUGUGAAGUGUAGCCGUCCUGGUCAUGCACCAAUAAACAAGACUUUUCAGUUUGAAAGGGUUUACAGUGCUACUGAGUCUCAAGACACAGUGUUUGCAGAUGUGGCCCCUUUGCUAACAUCUCUCCUGGACGGAUACAAUGUGUGUAUUAUGGCUUAUGGGCAGACUGGAAGUGGGAAAACUUACACAAUGUUGGGACCACAGUUAGAGGAGAACCUUGCAUUUGUCAGUGAAGAUGAAUCAGAGCUUGGAAUUAUUCCUCGUGCUACACAGGAACUGUUCAGACUUAUUUCAGAAAAGCCACCAGGAAGUUACUGGGUUGAGGUUUCUGUUGUAGAAGUGUAUAAUAAUGAAGUCUUUGAUCUUCUGGCCAAAGACAGUUGUGGAAAAGCAUCUGGCAUCAGACGUGACGUUGUCACAACCAGAGAAGGAAAGAGUGAUGUUCCAUUGCUUACAUAUGAGACUGUUGCGAAUGCAUCUGAAUUUUUGCACCUAGUUAUCAAAGGUCUACAGCUAAGAGUCAGGCACCCAACACUGGUGCAUGCUCAUUCCUCUCGUUCCCAUCUGGUGGUUACAUUGACCAUAACCACAAUUGUCUCUGGAGAUAACUUCGGUACUUCAUGGGAAGAUGAACAAAUCAAUCAAAGAUUGAAUAAAGAGGUUUCCUGCACCUAUCCACAAAAAAGAGACAGUAAAUCUACCUCUUCUUCCCGAGCCUCUUCACCAACACAACUUGAAGCAGCUGAGAAACCGAAGCAAGUCAAAACUAGACUGCAGCUGGUAGAUCUGGCUGGCAGUGAGUGUGUAGGCAUGUCUGGAGUGACAGGCGCAGCACUGAGAGAAACAUCGUGUAUCAACCGCAGCUUGUCUGCCCUAGCAGAUGUCCUUGGAGCAAUAGCAGAACAGCGAUCUCAUGUACCGUAUCGAAACAGCAAACUUACGCAUCUGCUCCAGGAUUCUGUAGGAGGUGAUGCUAAAUUGCUGGUGAUGCUGUGCAUCUCUCCCAGUCAGAAGUACUUAACAGAAUCGAUGCAGUCUUUGGGAUUUGGAACUCGUGCUCGGCAAGUUCAGAGAGGACAAAUCAAGAAAAGAAAUCUCCCUCUGCUGAGUAAAACAAAAUAAAACUCAAGACUCCUGUGGAUUAAAGUACUAUUAAUGAGUUCCUCA